CUCAGUACAUUUUUAGCAAUCAAGCGGGUAGCACAUUUUGGGAUAAUAGUUGCAGUUGAAUUUGAAAAAUUGCAUUUUUAUAUACACAAAAAAAAGAAGAGAAAGAAAAGAACUGAUGUGUGGUAUAAACAUGAACAAAAUUUUAAAUUAUUUAUCGUGAAGUGGAUCUGAUGUUCAGUUCGAAUUUUUUUUUAGUUAAGUUUUAACAAAAAAAAAUUUUUUAUUUUUUUUCUUUAAUGAAAAAGAAUUUGUUGUGUUGUGGUCGACAAUGCGGUUGUUGAUAAAAAAAAUAUAUAAAUAAAUAAAACAAUGCAAACGGAUUUAUGAUGGUUAAUUAAAAUUUCGAUUUCAUUCAAUUAAAUCGCAACAUAUAAUACCCCGCGUUAUCAGUGAAACCAAACAAACAACAACAAAAAAAAGUAACUUAAUAAACCAAGUAAGCAAAAAAAAAAAGUUUAACCACCAAAAAGUAGUGUUGUCGGUUGGAAUAAUUGUUAUAUCACAAUUUCUGCAAUAAACAGAGAACUGAAACCGAUAUGACGUUCAAUUCUAAUGUUUUAAUAGUCAAUCAAAUUAAGUAAAGCAAUCGAAGCGAAUAAUUGUUUUUCUGUGGUGACCAGAGAGAGCGAGAUUUUCUUUUGUUGCAUUUUUUGUGUUUACUUUUUAAAAGCUGAUUAACGACACGGCAACUUCAAGUGAAACAACAUCAUUCAAACAAAAAAGUGCAUUUUAUGACAUUUAAGAUAUCAACGUCUUCGAUAACGAUUCCGGCGUGUUCUUGAGUAGCACGAAAUAAAUUUUGUUUAUUUUUUGUAUAUUGUGCCGCAAAAUCUGUACUUCGGACACUCAUUGGCUUCCGAGACAUCCAAUUGAUUUGGUCGAAAAUAUUCCGUCCGUAAAUUUUUCAUCAACUGCAUAAGCAUAAUCCAAUAUGAAAAAGGCUAAAAAUGCUGUCAUUAAUUGAAUUAUAAUUUAAUUCAAAUCUCUCGCAAGGAAAUUACUCUCGAAAAGUGAUUUUUCUUUCAUGACAUAAAAAUGUAAUUAGAAAAUAAUUACGAAACAGCAAAAGAUUUCCGUUUUAAAAUGGCAAAUUGGUAUAAGAUUUUAUGAAAAAAUUUACUAAAAACAGAACGAGAGGCGAAACAAAAAUCGGAAAUAUCGGAACAAAAAAUAAAUUGAAUUGAUGUCCGUUACAAGUGGGAUACCCAAAUAAUUACCGAUCUAAUACCGAGCAUAUGCGUUAAUGCAAUGACUGAAUCUACACUAAUUCAAACAACUGAAAAUAAUAACACAACCGGUGUCAAAAUGGAACCUCCUCCAGUGUCACCAUCACCGUCCGAACAACAAUAUUCCCUAAAAUGGAAUGAUUUUCAAAGUUCAAUACUGUCAUCGUUUCGCCAUCUGCGAGACGAAGAAGACUUUGUUGACGUAACACUAGCCUGUGAUACCAGAUCGUUUACUGCCCACAAAGUGGUAUUAAGUGCGUGCAGUCCAUACUUUAGGAAAUUACUGAAAGCGAAUCCGUGCGAACAUCCAAUCGUCAUACUGCGCGAUGUGAGGGCCGAAGAUGUUGAAAGUUUACUGCGGUUUAUGUACAACGGUGAAGUUCACAUAGGUCACGAACAAAUUAGUGAUUUUUUGAAAACGGCACAACUACUGCAAGUCCGGGGAUUAGCCGAUGUUACUGGUCCUCAGUCCCGCACAUCAAAUUCAACUGUAAAUUCAACCCUAACUACCACACCAGCUGUUCAGGAACACAAACCAUCUCCGGUAAGCAAAACGUCAACGUCCUUACCAUGGGAUUUGCCCGACGAUCGAUCGAAUCAUCUCACGCCACCGCCACAAAAGCGAAUUAAAAGCGUUGAUCUGUACCGGGCGCAGCAUGGCAUCAGUCCGUCAGAAUUAGAAUUAGGCAAAGAUACUGACAUUCAACCGAUACCGGCACAUCAUCGCCAACGAAAUCGUAACUCGGACCGAAGUCGUGACACUAGUCGCGAUCUGUCACGGUCACGAGAACGAUCAAGAGAUUCGACAAGGGAACGCGAACGGGAUCGAAGUGGCGAUAUGCGUGAAUCUUUAUUGGGCCAAGCGUUAGAGGGAGGACCGACACUAAUUGUACCAUCUAAACAAUCACAUCCGGAUCUGGCAACGCUACAAGCACAAAGCACCGGCGAAGAUUCGAAUAGCAGUGACACAGCAGCAUCCGAUCAUGGGGACAUGGACCAUAUGGAUGGACUGAAUGGUUCGAUGGAUCAUCAAAGGCAUUCGUUUCCGGGGGCAUUUUUAGGACUACAGGGAAUUCCUGGACUCUUACCAGGACCAUCCGGAAUGCAUGGUGCAGAUAGUUUUGUAUCACGUCGUCAACUGGAAAUGCGAGUUCGAGCCACCGAUCCACGACCAUGUCCAAAAUGCGGAAAAAUCUACCGGUCAGCCCACACAUUGCGAACACAUUUAGAAGACAAGCAUACCGUUUGCCCGGGUUAUCGAUGCGUUUUAUGCGGAACCGUUGCCAAAUCACGAAAUUCACUUCACUCGCACAUGUCUCGUCAACAUCGCGGUAUUUCCACAAAAGAUCUUCCAGUGCUGCCGAUGCCGAGCCCAUUCGAUCCAGAUCUCGCUUCAAGACUGUUGGCCAAAGCCGGCGUCAAAAUAUCGCCAGCCGAACUACGGGCUCGAGCGUCACCAACCAGCGGUACGAGACGAAGUGAUAUUAAGCUGGAAUUUAGAGGUACCGGCGAUGAAAGCAAUAUGAACGAUGAUAUGGACGAUCCGGAAGAUUUGACAAUGGGCAGUGGACAUAACAAUAACAAUAUGAGUGGACGCUAUCAUGACUCAAUGAUCGGAUUCAGCCAUCCGAAUACGACGAUAACGCGUGUUAGACAUGGGGCUGUGACGCCGAAAAGUAUCGACAGUAAAGAAUCACAUGGUGCGUCAUUACCUCCAACUGCUGCGACUGGUUCGUCACUAUUGGACACGUAUUUACAGUUCAUAACCGAGAACUCAUUUGGAAUGGGAAUGACUCAGGAACAUGCUGCCGCAGCAUUUCAUGCAGCCAAAAUUGCCCAACUGAACGCCAUGGGUCACAAUUUAGACAAACUUCCUUCCAGCCUUCUUCCACCGCAUCUCGAUCUGUCGAAAGUGAACAGCCAGCAUCACAACAGCACAGACCUGUCGCGCAUUCAAUCAACCGGCAGCGUGACCAUCGAACCAGCCAAUCCGAAAGUGCCAACAUCGAUCAGCCAUAAUACACACGACCGGGCUGACAUUCGCCGUGAUACCGAACCGAUGGAUUUGGGCUAUGACAAUCAACAGCAACAGCAGCAGCAUAAUAACAUGAACGACCGUGACAAUUCGUCCGGUGAAGAGGAUAACUAUUCGGACGAUGACGGGGAACAGAAUACAUAAUUGGAUUCAAAUUGUGAAUUUGAACCGGUUGGGAUGGUGUUCUGAAUGGAGUCAGAAAGAUGGAAAGCUUUUAUAUUAGAAAUCAUCGGUAUGAUGGAAACGUUUUAACGUUGAGUGUUUUAAGUUUGAAUAAAAUAAAUUUAGAUAGUAACCGGGAGCAUAAUGGACUGGUAAAAAUGCAUGGAAAUUGUUGCAGGAUAGCAAUGUGGACAUUGCAGAUUAUAACUAAAUAAAUGGUAGAUCUGAAUUCUGACAAAGAACCAGACAAUUUUGUAGAAGAAGAAAACAAAAUAUUAACUUGAAAGCCUUAAGCUGUAUACCAAUUAUACUAACAAAAAAAGCAAACAAAAAAAUUAAUAAAAAAAAUGAAUUAGACAAAAUAUCUCGACAAAUUGUAUACGCAAUUAUACGAUUUUUAUAACAAAAAUGAAAGAACAAAAAAACAUUUUUAAAAAAAAAAAGAGAAAAUAUUUUUAAAGUUUUUCGUUGAACCAAAUUACAAAAAUUGAUAAGAUUAAACAAACAAGUUUUAAACAACAAAAAAGUGAGUGAAGAAGGGAGAACUUUCGUUUAUCGAAAGACUGAAAACCAUUUUUCAGUAAAACAAUUUAUUUUUUGCCAUAAAAAAGCCGUCAUAACAAUUAAUAGAAGCAAAAAACGGUUAUGAUGUGUGCCAUGAGAAAUUUAUUUUAAUGAAAUGGAGACAUAUAUACUCAUCGUACAAAGAAAAUGAAGAAGAAGAAAGGAAAAAAAUCCACGAAAAUGGCAAGUUGAUUUCAUUUGAACCAUCCGCGUAUGAAAAGAAUCAUAUAGAGGUCGUGGCAUAUUAUUUACACCUUCUAUUCAAUUGGUCAGUUUUAAUUUUAAUGAAUUACAUUUUAAUCAAUUAAUUUUUCUACCUCAAUGUCGUAAAUUUAAAAAAAAUAUUUUUUUUUGUUAAUUUUAAAGACGUGUUCUCAAAUACCUCAUCCAUAAUUUACUAUAUGAAUCUCGCAUUUUAUUUUACUCAGCCGGUGUGCAUCUACAUUAAAUAAAUAUUUAAAUUACUGUAAGUAAGUUUGUUCAUUUAUCAUUUCGUUCUGUUAGUUUUGACUUUUGUUUCAGUGUUCAAAAUCCAUGUGAUGUCUUUAUUCGUUUAAAAUGAUCAACGGAUUCAGAUAGAGGGAGAAGCUUGAAUGAACACAAUCUUAGUUCUGGGUCUUCUCUGACAAUUCUAGAUGUUAUGUUUCUUUAAAGGAUAAGCCAAGCGAUUGAUCGAAUUUUCCUCAAUUAAAACGGGAAAUGCAGAGACAGAGAGAAAUUUUAUAUCGUUCGAACUACGGAUUAGUUAAGGGCGUUGAAGCAACUUAGGGUGCUGGAGCAGUAAAAGGUGUUAUAGAAGUUAAGGGAGCUUGAGCAGUUAAGGGAGCUUGAGCAGUUAAGGGAGCUCGAGCAGUCAAGGGAGCUCGAGCAGUCAAGGGAGCUCGAGCAGUCAAGGGAGCUCCAGCAGUCAAGGGAGCUCGAGCAGUAAAUGGAGUCGGAGCUGUCAAGGGCCGUGAGACAAAAGAUAACAAGCGCUGUAAAUUAGCUAUUUUCUAGACAAAAUUCAAAGUUUUCUCACUAAAUUCACGACUUUCAAUAUCACAGAGACCUGAAAUCGAUAAUUCCGCACUGUGCAGGGUCAUGACAAUUUUAAAUGAUUUACCUCAAUUAAAUUGCCAUAGGAAUUAAGGGCAAAUGUGAAAGGAAUUUGAAGAAAUUUAAGGCAUCAAUUUCUUGAGGAUUUUCUCAAGUUGAGUCCAUUAUCUGGAAAACGUUUUUUUUUUUCAUUUCGAGAAUUUAUACAUUUUUCAAAAAAAAAAAAUUGCGCAGAAAGCGUUAGAAAUUUUUAGAAAAUAGGUCAUGAAUUAAAUUGCGUAUUGUACUCGAUUCUUUCUUUGCGCGACGAUGCUGAAAUAAUGUAAAAUCCCAUUCACUUGGUACACAUUAACUAUCAGAAACAAUCCGUUGAUCAAUCAUCAUCUCAACAAAAUUUUAAUUAGUUCAAUUAAAACACAUCAUCUCAUCAAAAUAAAUAAUAAAAAAUAAAAUACGGUGGAGACGGGGGGAACCUAAGUACAAUCCUUUUAUACAUUCGAAUUAAAAAAAAAUAAAAAUAAAAGAAAAACUAAAGUGAAAAAGUGAAAAAAAGCACACGAUAAAUCAAUAACUGUAAUAAAAUUCAAUAAUACACACACUUUCUCAGGGUGCACGUUGAUUGUUGUGACUAGAUUAAAUAAAUAAAAAAAAACUAAAUAGAAAUGAAACAAACACAAGAAAUUUUGCAUAUUUUAUCUAAAGUUAAAAAUGAAGUUGAAGAAUAGGAAUUUAAAAGAAAAACAAAGAAAAAUAAUUUUAUCGGAGAAAUUCGAAACGGGUAGAUAAAUUCAAAUAAAUAAAACAUAGAAGCAAUCACAAGCCGAAACAUAUUGACAAAAAAAAAUGGUGAAAACGUUUAGUGACCGUGAGUCACAACUUUUUUAAUAUAAAAACAACAAUUUAACGGUACAAAUUUUUAAGCAAAAUAAAACAAAAUAAAGGAAUUAGGAAAACAAAAUUUCAAUUCACAAUAAAUCGUACAAUAGAGAUCUCAUUGGAAGGUUAAAUUAAAAAAUUAAAA